CCAGAUCUACCUUCUUUUUUCCUCCGCUGGAAGCCAUGAUGGAAGUUUGAGAGUUGGGCUGGGAGAGAGAGCGCCGCGGGAGGAUGACGAGCCCAGUGGACGAGCGCCUAGUCCGGCCACCGCUGUAAGACCCAGCCGCUGCGCACUCGGCUCAUGUGAGGUGGAGACUGUCAGGUUUUUUUUUCUGCUCCCUUUUCUGCGCCCAGCGAUGGUCGUCCGUUAGGACGGGUCUGGUUUUCUGAAGGAGGGGGGAGCGGAGCGGAGCGAGCGGGCGGGCGGGCUAGCUUGUGUCGCUAGCCAGCGAUGCUAAAGCUACGCAGCGAGCGGCUCUGGGGGAAGAAAAAAAAGGCUCGCCUCGGUUUUUCCUGCGUUAGCGACGAUGGAGAGGAGCCCGUCCUCUCUGCGGAGCUGAACCACGGCGCCCACAGCGCGCCCGGACCCAGAGACUCGUAACGUCGGCUCGACUGGUCGCGGCUGCGCGGGUUCGGCCGCUCGGAGGCUUCGCUCGCUCGCUCUCUCUCGGCGGAGGACCGCGGGCUAUCUCGGAGGGGAGAGAGCGGGGCCUGCUGCUUUUGUCGGGGCCGCUGCGAGGCCCGCGUCUCUCCGCCGCCACAUAAAAGCCCCGUAAUCCUGCUAACCUAGCUAGGUUAACGUUACAGCGGGCUGCGGAGCUCAGGGGACACAAAAAGAGAGAAAUCCCUCAGACGAGGGCCGGAGCCGGGGCCGGAGCCGGAGCCAGUGCAGACCAAGACUGCCUAGCCCUGAAAGGACCGAUACGUGAUUAUAUCCACGUACAUAUCUAAAUAUAUAACGUUAUACACACAAACCUAUAUAAACUCAGAGAACUCCUGUCACUGCGAUGGCUGCGAUCAUUAAGGAGAUUGUCAGUCGCAAUAAGAGGAGAUACCAAGAAGAUGGAUUCGAUCUGGACCUGACGUACAUCUACCCAAACAUCAUCGCCAUGGGCUUUCCUGCAGAGAGGCUUGAGGGAGUCUACCGAAACAACAUAGACGACGUGGUGCGGUUUUUGGACUCCAAACACAAAAACCAUUACAAAAUCUAUAACUUAUGUGCAGAACGACACUAUGACGCAGCCAAAUUCAACUGUAGGGUUGCACAGUACCCGUUUGAAGACCACAACCCCCCUCAGCUGGAGCUGAUUAAGCCCUUCUGCGAGGACCUUGACCAAUGGCUGUCCGAGGACGAGAACCAUGUGGCGGCCAUCCACUGCAAGGCUGGCAAAGGUCGCACGGGGGUCAUGAUCUGUGCCUACUUGCUGCAUCGUGGGAAGUUCAUGGAGGCGCAGGAAGCUCUGGAUUUCUACGGAGAAGUGAGGACCAGGGAUAAGAAGGGCGUGACGAUCCCCAGUCAGCGCAGGUAUGUGUAUUACUACAGCCACCUGCUGAAGAACCAGUUGGAGUAUAAGCCCGUCGCUUUGCUCUUCCACAAGAUGGUUUUUGAGACCCUGCCCAUGUUCAGUGGGGGCACCUGCAGGGACAGUACUGUUAAAAACAGGAGUGAGGCGAAUCCCCAGGGCUUCAAGAAAGGAAACUGGCACUGGGACCCCCAGUUUGUCGUGUACCAGUUGAAGGUAAAGAUCCACACGUCGAACCCAACCCACACGCGGAGGGAAGACAAGCACAUGUUCUUCGAGUUCCCGCAGCCUCUGCCCGUAUGUGGAGACAUCAAAGUGGAGUUUUUCCACAAGCAGAACAAGAUGAUGAAGAAGGAUAAGAUGUUUCACUUCUGGGUGAACACUUUCUUCAUCCCUGGGCCGGAGGAGAGCAGGGAGAAAGUGGAGAAUGGGUCUGUAGUGAACGACAUAGACAGCAACUCCUCACAGAGCCAGAGCUCUCCGACCGAGCGUGAGAGAGGGAUGGGAGCAAGAGGAGGAGGAGGAGGAGGAGAGAGGGAAUGCGGAGGCGAGCGGGCAGCGGAUGCAGACCGGGACUACUUGAUUCUAACCCUGACAAAAAAUGACCUCGAUAAAGCAAAUAAAGACAAAGCGAACAGAUACUUCUCCCCCAACUUUAAGGUGAAGUUGUAUUUCACGAAAACAGUAGAAGAGGCUUCGAACUCAGAGGCCAGCAACUCCACCUCGGUCACUCCAGAUGUGAGCGACAAUGAGCCGGAUCACUACCGCUAUUCCGACACCACCGAUUCCGACCCGGAAAAUGAACCGUUUGACGAGGAACAGCACACACAAAUCACGAAAGUCUGAACGCUUUUUACACGCACACAGCCACUCACACUCACACUUAUACGUACAAACACACACACACACACACAGACGCUUCUACACCUGGACAUUAAAAACAAGCAAAACCAACACCAGAGAAAAAAAAGGAGAAAACUUGAAAAUGUACUGAAGAGAAAAGGACCUUCCCGCCCGACCCCCACCACCCCAGCACCCCAACCAGGCGGCCCCAGGACAGUUUGUGUCACGAUUGUCAAACUCCAUCGAUUAUAGAAGAAAAAAUAUCCUGACCAACAUGUUGUUUUAUUAUUAUUGCUAUGGUUAUUAUUAUUAUUAUUAUUAUUAUUAUUAUUAUUAUUCGUGUGGAUAUUGACACCGUUGCCUGAGGUGGGUGGGAGGGUCCUGUAGCUACUCUGUAUAUAUAUAAAAUCCCUUUUUUUGUGUCAAAGAUGACGAAAACUAGGCAAUCAGGCGAGGAGAGGAGAAGAGGGACAGAGAAAUGACCACACACAUCUCUCCCUCUCCCUGUCUUCACCCAGGCCAGUGCUGCAAUCACUCUCUCCCUCUCUUCCUCUCCCUCGCUCCCUCCUCCCUCCCUCCCUUCCUUUACUGUGAAUGCUUCUCGUGCUGUCCGCAGGCGCCUACAACCUUUUUGACCCCGCCCCUUUCCCUGCGCUAUGUAUGCUGGGAUACGUAGUUCCUGUCGUAUAGAGGCUACAGGCUACGGUGUGUCAGCGUUCUUAGUCCAGCCUGCCCCCCAGCCCCCCAACCCACCCCCCAGCCCCCUCCCCACCCACUGUGUAUAAUGUUAAAUUAUGCAGAAAAAAAUGGCAUCCCAUGUAAUUGUCAAUGUUUUUUUUUAUCCUAAGAUAAUAAAAAAAAAAAUAUAAUACACAAAACCGCAGGGAACCAGUGUUUGCAAUAAUGUUAACACUCAAACAUUUAAAGGACAAAACUGGUGUGCAUGUUAUUGGAGUUAGUGUCCAUGUUUAAUAAAUGCUAUACAAUGUGUUUUUAUUAAAAACAAAAGUGUCAGAA